AUAAAUAUUCAAAGAGUUUUAUAGAAUGUAUUUCCGGGAUUCUAUGACAAUACGAUAACAGAAAAAGAAACAGACGUUAACGACCUAUGGACAAUCUUUCAAAAUUACAAAAGGUAUCGGUUUUGAGAACCAUGUUAAACUUAUUGUUUUAUUUGUAUCUUACAUCGAUUGUGAGCUGCGUUUUAGAUAUGAAUGAGGAACAGUUUUCGUAUAUAGCUAAUCAUUUAUCCAUAGAAGAGUGUAGCAAACUUAUUGGAUCCCUGCAAUUUACGGCAUAUGAUUUUCCAAUUAAUCUCAAGAGUCUAGAAACAAUUCCUAAUAAUGCUACAUGUUUUAAACUAUUAGCAAACUUCAGCAAAGGCAAAAAACCGUGGCGGGGUGAAAACAAAAGUCAUGAAGUAAUAGCGCAUAGGCUACGUCAAAUUGGCAAGGGCAAUCUAGCAGAUUGGCUUGGAAACGCCGUUUUCCAUCAUCUCGCAAAAGAUAUUAAUGAUUCGCUACUCCAAAAUCCAUUUGCGGAGAGUUGUACUCAAAGUGCACUUAACACUAAAUUACACCAAGAUAAAGAAACGUUCGGAGAAGCGGAAUGGGAUCUCAUCGAUAUUACUUUAUGGAUAGUGUUAGCCAGUUUACUUGCAAGCCUGGUUUUCUCGUGUUGUCGUAUAUUAUGCCUAUCUUGUACGAGAUGUAAAAGACAGUCGACAAAUGAAGAGAUGAAAGUGCUAUUAAAAUAAGAAUAUUCCUAGAAGCGAGAGUGACCACGGCUUUUAAUGAUGAGUUAUUUUAUAAUCAAAACAAGAUUGCCCUUUGAAUCCCAUUGGA